GCCUUAUAUGAGCCGUAUUUAACAAGCAGGUCAGCAGGUACGACAUCCGCCAUAUCAAGCUGGUACAAGUGUUGGAGUGUCUGACCUGGGUACGCAGGGAAAAAAAUGGCUAGUUCUUCGCAGGGUUCUGUGACUGAAUAUGUGGUCAGAGUACCUAAAGCACAGAAGAAAAGGUACAACAUGAUGCGAUUUCAUGCAGCCCUUGGUGUUGACUUCAAGACCUGGACCCACACCAAGAUGGAACGAGAGAACAACAUGAAGGAGUUCAAAAGCUUAGAGGAGGAAAUGCCAAAAUUUGGAGCUGGCUCAGAGUUUGGCCGUGAGCAGAGAGAAGAAGCUAGACGAAAGAAGUACGGUAUCAAUGUGAAAAAAUACAGACCUGAGGAUCAGCCAUGGAUUCUGAGCGUUGGUGGCAAGAAUGGUAAAAAAUUCAGAGGUAUUCGUGAGGGAGGAGUGUCAGAAAAUUCUUCGUGGUAUGUAUUUAUGCAGGGUAAAGACGGGGCUUUUGAAGCAUAUCCUGUUGAAGAGUGGUACAACUUCAAGCCAAUGCACCGUUACAAGUCCCUCAGUGCAGAGGAGGCAGAAAAGGAAUUUGAAAGGCGUGACAAAAUCAUGAAUUACUUCUCUGUAAUGUAUCAGAAGAAACUCAAGAAAGAUGGAGAGGAAGCAGCAGAUGGGGAUGAAGAGAGCAUGAAGAAAAAAGGGCCAUCUGCCAAGUCCAUGAUACUUUCUGAGCUGGAUGACUGGAUGUCAGACAACGAAUCUGAAGGUGAAGAGGAUGACGAGGAAUCUGAUGGUGACAGACCCAAAAAGAAGAAAAAAGUUCAGGCCAAAGGCAGAUCACAACACGGCGGGAAAAAGAAGAAAAAUUUUGAUGGAGAAAGUGAUGAAGACUGCUUUGAAGAAAGUGAUGAGCACGAUGAUGGUGCUGAGCAUGAUUACAUAUCUAGUGAUUCUUCAGAUUCAGAUGCUGAGAAUGAUGAAAUUGUAAGGACAGAGUUGACUGGGGUGGAGAACCAGGAUGGACUUAGGAAGUUGCUAGGUUCUGAUGAGGAGGAGGAGGAAGAGAAAGAGAAAGACAAGGAAAAGGAAGAUGAAGAGAAGAAGGAAACUGAAGAAAAAGAAGAAAAAGAUAAAAAAAAGAAAAAGAAGAAGAAGAAGAAGGAUAAAAAAGCAGAUGCCAGUAAGGAGGAUUCAGAUGCCAGGUCUUCAGAGAACAGUGACGAAGAAAGUGGUAGUAAAAAGAAGAAAAGAAGCAAAGAUUCAGAAUCAGGAGGUAAGGGUUUAAAACAAAAAGAGGAGGGUUUAGGUAGUAAACGCAAAUUAAAGGCCAAACCAUCUAGAGUUUUGCCCAAAAAGCUUUCACUGUUGGGUGCAGCAGGAGCCUCAUCACUUGUCGUUUCCCCAGGAAGUGACAGUGGUGUGACAGAGGAAGCUAUAAGAAGAUACCUGAUGCGCAAGCCCAUGACCACUACAGAACUUCUGCAAAAGUUUAAGUGCAAGAAAACUGGCCUCAGCUCAGAUCAACUAGUGCAUGCUAUUGCUCAGAUCCUGAAGCGAAUCAGCCUGACAAAACAGAUGGUUAAAGGCAAAAUGUAUCUUUCCAUAAAGCAGUAAUGUAGUUUUAUAGUUGGUCUUGUCUAGUUUAAGACAUGCGGUAAGUUGCGUCUGCAACUGUGAACUACCUGGUUUGCCAAGCUGGCAACUAAGUACUAGUCAUAUAUUACUCAGAAUUGUAAUUUUUUUUUUUUUUUUUUUUUUUUUAAA